AUGGGAGGGGACAGUGAACUAACGGGAGGGGACAGUAAACUAACGGGCGGGGACAGUAAACUAACGGAAGGGGACAGUGAACUAACGGGAGGGGACAGUAAACUAACGGGCGGGGACAGUAAACUAACGGAAGGGGACAGUGAACUAACGGGAGGGGACAGUGAACUAAUGGGAGGGGACAGUAAACUAACGGGAGGGGACAGUGAACUAACGGGAGGAGACAGUGAACUAACGGGAGGGGACAGUAAACUAACGGGAGGAGGCAGUGAACUAACGAGAGUGGACAGUGAACUAAUGGGAGGGGACAGUGAACUAACGGGAGGGGACAGGGACAGUAACCUAACGGGAGGGGAUAGUGAACUAACGGGAGGAGACAGUGAACUAACGGGAGGGGACAGUGACCUUACGGGAGGUGGCAGUGAACUAACGGGAGGGGACAGUGAACUGAAGGAAAGGAUCAGUAAACUAACGGGAGGGGACAGUGAACUAGCGGGAGGGGACAGUGGAGUGGACAGUGAACUAACGAGAGGGGGCAGUGAACUAACGAAAGGGGACAGUGACCUAACGGGAGGGGAGAGUGAACUAACGGGAGGAGACAGUAAACUAACGGGAGUGGACAGUGAACUAACGAGAGGGGGCAGUGAACUAACGAAAGGGGACAGUGGCCUAUCGGGCGGGGACAGUGACCUAACGGGAGGAGACAGUAAACUAACGGGAGAGGACAGUGAACUAACGGGAGGGGACAGUGAAUUAACGGGAAGGGACAGUAAACUAACGGGAGGGGACAGUGACCUUACGGGGGAUGGCAGUGAACUAACGGGAGGGGACAGUGAACUAACUGGAGGGGAUAGUGAACUAACGGGAGGGGACAUUAAACUAACGGGAGGGGACAGUGGCAGUGAACUAACGGGACGGGACAGUAAACUAACGGGAGAUGCCAGUGAACUAACGGGAGGGCCCAGUGGACUUACGGGAGGGGACAGUGAACCAACUGGAGGGGACAGUAAACUAAGGGGAAGGGACAGUGCACUAACGGGAAGGGACAGUGAUCUAACGGGAGGGAACAGUGACCUAACGGGAGGGGACAGAGAACUAACGGGAGGGGCCAGUGACCUUACGGGAGAUGGCAGGGAACUAACGGGAGGGGACAUUGAACUAACGGGAGGGGACAGAGAACUAACGGGAAGGGACAAUGUUCUAACGGGAGGGGACAGUGAGCUAACGGAAAGGAACAGGGACAGUAAUCAAACGGGAGGGGGCAGUGAACUUACGGGAGACGGCAGUGAACUAACUGGAGGGGGCAGGGAACUAACGGGAGGGGACAUUGAACUAACGGGAGGGGACAGAAAACAAACGGGAGGGGACAGUAACCUAACGGGAGGGGACAGUGGACUAACGGGAGGAGACAGUAAACUAACGGGAGAUGGCAGUAAACUAACGGGAGGGGGCAGUAAACUAACGGGAGGGGACAGUGAACUAACGGGAGGGGAAAGAGAACUAACGGGAGGGGACAGUGAACUAACAGGGGGGGGGACAGUGAACUCACGGGAAGGGAACGGUAAACUAACGGGAAGGGACAGUGCACUAACGGGAGGGGACAGUGAAAUAACGGGAGGAGGCAGUGAACUAACGGGAGAGGACAGUGAACUUACGGGAGACGGCAGUGAACUAACGGGAGGGGACAGUGAACUAACGGAAAGGAACAAUCGCAGUGAACUAACUGGAGGGGACAGUAAACUAACGGGAAGGGACAGUAAACUAACGGGAGGGGACAGUGAACUAACGGGAAGGGAUAGUAAAUUAACGGGAGGGGACAGUAAACUAACGGGAGGGGACAGUAAACUACCGGGAAGGGACAGUAAACUAACGGGAGGGGGCAGUGAACUAACGGGAAGGGACAGUAAACUAACGGGAAGGGACAGUAAACUAACGGGAAGGGACAGUAAACUAACGGGAAGGGACAGUGAACUAACUGGAGGGGACAGUAAACUAACGGGAAGGGACAGUGAACUAACGGGAGGGGACAGUGCACUAACGGGAAGGGACAGUAAACUAACUGAAGGGGACAGUGAACUAACUGGAGGGGACAGUGAACUAACGGGGGGGGACAGUGAACUAACGGGACGGGACAGUAAACUAACUGGAGGGGACAGUGAACUAACUGGAGGGGACAGUGAACUAACGGGAGGGGACAGUGAAAUAACGGGAGGGGACAGUAAACUAACGGGAGAUGGCAGUGAACUAACGGGAGGGGACAGUAAACUAACGGGAGGGGACAGGGAAAUAACGGGAGGGGACAGUAAACUAACGGGGAAGGGACAGUGA